GCGCGCUCUAAUCAGCUGAGUUUUACGGCCGCUGCGCUACUCUCGUUUCUCUUUCGUUUUCUUCAUUUGUCGACGGAUCACAAUCGCGGAACAUUUUUAGUGAAAAUUCAGGCUUCUAUUAAAUAAACUUAUACUAAUGUGAGGUGGACAAAUUUUAAAUAUUUGUAAAAUUUAAAUUUUUCUAGAUUUUUUGGUAUAAUUUUUAUAAAAAUCUGGUUAGUGCAAGUAUAGUAAAUUCGGCCGUAAAAAAUCGUAUUUUUCGCAUUAAAACCCUUGAUAGAAAAAUACUCUCGCCAUUUUUAACUUAGUUGAAAUUUAGACUGCAAAGAAAUCACGAAAAAUAUAAAAAAAGGAAAUUCAUAAAAAGUAAUAAAAGCCGACCAAUUUAUUUAAGAUAUCCACGUGAAUAAUAUUUUAUUUAAAUAAUCGUAUUUAAUAAUAAUAAUCAAUACAAAUCAAAGCAUUUUGGCAAAGUAAAUUAUUAAAGUCGUGUAACUAGAAUCGAGUGCUGCAUAUUGGAAGGUGUUCCCGCUUUAGUUAAAUAUCUAGAAAAAGUUAACUGACGUAUUUUUCGAAUUGAAAAUAAAAAAAGAAGUAUUGCCUUAGUUGUAAGACUAAAAUUACGCGUUGAAAACGGUCGGUGCCGAGCACCACUAUCCGUGCGCGUAGGCGGUAAACCAUCAUAAAAAAAUGGCGCACUCUUCAUCAGCAUUCACGGCAGGUGAAAUCAACUAUUUUUUCCAGGACGAAAAUGGAAAAAUUUUGAAGGUGUUGAAACAGGCAGAUAUCAAACAGGAACCCUCUGAAGAACAAACGGUGUACGCCAGUUCCAAUAUGGGUGCAUUCAGUCAAAUGAAUUCAAAUCAGCCACAAUUUGUGAGGAUACAAAACAGCUAUAAUGUACAUCAAUCAACAAGUGCUUAUACAGUAAUCGGAACCCACUCUAAUGGUGGUAACAACAAUUUACAGCAACAUCAACAGAAUGUCAAUGCAGUUAAAUAUGAAACCACAGAUAAUUAUAGCAGCGGACAUUUGUCUGGUAUACGCAACGAGGAACGAUAUGGAAAACUCACACAAAGUAACACAAAAUCAAAAUCAAAAAUUCAUGCCACCCACUCAACCAAUAGCUCAGUACAAAAGAAACGAAAACCGGAGAAAGCUGGAAAAGGUCUAAGACAUUUUUCAAUGAAGGUUUGUGAAAAAGUUAAGGAGAAAGGUACUACUACGUACAACGAAGUAGCGGACGAACUGGUCACUGAAGAAAUCAAGAACAGUUCAUACGAUUCAGUGAAUUGCGAUCAAAAGAAUAUCAGGCGUCGUGUCUAUGAUGCACUAAAUGUUUUGAUGGCUAUGCAGAUUAUAUCCAAGGACAAAAAGGAAAUACGUUGGAUUGGAUUACCAACAAAUUCAGUAGAGCAAAUUCAACAUAUUGAAAAGGAAAAUGAGGAACGACGUGAACGUAUCAAACAAAAACAUCAACAGUUACGGGAAUUGUUAAUGCAACAAGUUGCAUUCAAAAGUUUAAUAGAACGAAAUAAAGAAUCGGAGCAUCUUGGUAAUGUACCAACUCCUAACUCUUCGAUUCAAAUACCAUUUAUCAUAGUCAACACGCACAAGUCUACUAAAAUUAAUUGCAGUGUGACUAAUGACAAGUCCGAAUAUAUAUUCAAAUUUGAUGAUAAAUUUGAAAUGCACGAUGAUGCCGAAGUUAUGAAACGCAUGGGAUUAUUGCAUGGUUUAGACAAAGGACAGUGUUCUGAGGAAGACAUUGAACGUGCAAAAUGUUUGGUUCCAAGAAAUUUUGGAAAAUAUAUUGAAGCAUAUGGAAAUGGUGAAGGAAUAACAUACGACUCGGAUGAGGAAGGAGAUAUGUCACCAUAUAUUGAAAUUAAUAAUGAUUCUGAAGAUUUUUCUCAAACUGGCGCUGUCAAAUCAUCUGAUCUUGAGGAUGAUGAAUUUUUGGACAAUAGCGAUAUCGAGUGAGGAGAAUUAAUUGUUACGUCUAGUAACGAGAAGAAAAAUUUGAAUAUAAAUAAUGAAUUUAAUCAGAUUAAAAUAAUUAAAAAUGAAAAUGUAAAGUUAAAAUUAGAAACUUCAGACCACGAAGUAGAACGGCUGCAGCCUCAACAUCAAGAAUUGCAACAAACACAACGAUUUGUAGAUGCUAACACAACGGAAGAUUCAUUCAGUAUCUCAUUCAUAACGGCCUUACUUGGUUUACAUUAAAUUAAAUGUAUUCAUUUAAAACAUGUAAAGGAAAGGAAAUGCAUUUCUAUUUCACUUUUGACUAUGUAAAAUUUUUCAUUCUACUUUUAUUCGGAGAAGUAAUUCUUCAAGCAACUUUUAAUUGAUUUCGAUUUUUAAGUUUAUUUUUUAAUGGUUUAAGUGGUUU